CAUAAGCGCUCUUACGACUCCGCUUACGACUCCGACUCCGUCGCUGGUGAACACCUAUACCAGCCUUUUAGUCCCAUGAGUGGACAACAUCAAUUUUCUCCUAACAAUUAUCCAUACAUCAUCGAGAGAAAAGGUUAGAAGAAUUCAUAAAAUAAUCAUCAAAGGGAAAAGGCUUUGAUCUUUCAUCAAAAUCUCUCAAUUAAUUCUUGAUUAAAAAUGGAGAUCAGUCUGGUGAAUUUGAAGGUGGAUAUUGGCUCUCUAGGAUAUUACCUAGUGUAGGGGUGGGAGAAGAGGAAAGUUUGUUAAUUUAUCUACAAAAGAUAUUUUACCUUCCUUCCCCCUUGUUAUGUAAAACCCCUCCUUUGACUUCACUUGCGCUUUUUUCUAAUCCAUGGAGAGACUGUCUAAUCCUUCUAAUCCUGCAAGGCUUCCCAAAAACAAAAGUUUCCUUUUUUACCACCUGUCGCGUCGAACCGAAGGCAAAUCUUGUCAGCGGAAAGCUCGCGAGAUUAUGCGCAAUGGUUUCAUCUUUCAUAUCCGGUGGAGGCGAGAGAAGCAUUUACAACAAAUUUUUUUUAAAGUGUUUUCGUGUCAUUUGGACCUGUAUAUCGACUUCAUGAUGAGUUUUUUAUCGUGGGGACCAAUGCAGGAAUCUGACAUGCAACAGUUUUGUGUCGAAAUGAUGAAACGGCUCGACCUUCAACGAAGGAACGAGCAGUUCUGUGAUGUGGUUCUUGAAGUUGGCUCUGGUGACGAUCAAGCUUGCUUUAAAGCACACAGAAUCGUUUUAUGUGCAGGAAGUCCGUUCUUCUACAAUGCUCUUAACAGCGACAUGAAAGAAAAGAGAGAGGGAGUCAUCAGAUUAGAAAACACGAGCAAAGCUGCGAUGGAAGAAUUGAUAGACUAUCUUUACACAGGACAUGUGGACGUCACGCAACACAACGCGUUCGAUCUUCUGGAGAUGGCUGAUUUUUUUGUCAUUCCAAGUCUUAAAGACGUUUCAAGUAAGUUCAUCGCACAAACACUGUCUUCUUCCAGCUGUCUAAUGGCAUAUUAUUCAGCUGUCAAAUAUCAUUGCGCUGAAUUGCAUAAAGAAGCGAGGAAUUUUAUCUGUACACACUUCAUGAGCGUAGUCGAGCUGGAAGACUUUCUGAAUUUAAGUUUGGAAGAGUUGGAAGAGUGGAUUUCAAGUGAUGAAUUAAAAGUUAAAGGAGAAGAAGACGUUUUCCAGGCUAUCGUCAAGUGGUUAGAAGGAAAAGAUUGCCGCGAACGUGAAAGAUUUUUCGAAUUAUUUCGUCAUGUUCGUCUGCUUUAUAUGUCACGCAAUUAUGUCUUUAAGGAGGUUGUACCACAUCCUUUGGUAAAAAAUGAUGAAACAUGCACAGCAUUUGUCAUAGAGGCAAUGAAAGAUGUUUCAUCUGGCUCUGAAGAGUGCUAUUUUGCCCAACCACCAAGAAACUGCUUGAAAUCAGCAGAAGAUUGUCUCGUUUUCACUGAUGAAACUUGCACAAUCUGCUACCUUCCCACAGAAAACAGGUGGUAUGAUCUGGCAGACCAGCCUGAGAAUUUGUAUUUGCACUCUAUGUGUGCUUCAUAUGGAAAUCUUUACAUCAACAAUGCUGAUGAACAGACAAUUGACAGAUAUGAUCCAGUGAGAAACUCUUGGGCACCUGUCAUCCCAUCAUUGAGCUGUGGUCAGAUGCCAUUCUGUUCUGUAGCUUUAGUUAAUUUCCAAGGGUUUUUAUAUGUGAUUGGUGGGAUAAAAGGAAAUGAAGAUGUAAACUCUGUUUAUAGGUACAGUCCUGACAUAAAUGUAUGGCAGGAAGAUGCAUCCAUGAGCAUUUCCAGAUCUUCACUAUCUGCUGUAGCUGACAAGGAAACUAUGCAUGCAAUUGGAGGCCGGACAAAGGAUCAGUUACUAGAUGUGGUGGAAAGAUUUGACCCCAAAACAAACUCAUGGUGCAAGGUGGCUUCAAUUCUUGAAAAGAAAAGUUGCUGUCAUGCUAUUAUUUUAAGGGAUAAAGUGUUUUUAUUUGGAGGCUUCACUGGCCCCGUUUUAUCUUCUGGCAAUAUUGAAAUGUAUGAUCCAAUAUCAAACAUGUGGACAGCCAUCCAGAGUACAUCUGCACCAGAACGCUGUUUUGAUGCUUUAAAUUUCAAAGGAGCUGUUUUAGUCGCGGGUUCUUGGAAUCAAGAAAAUUCAUCCAAUAUUUUGUUGAGGGUUUACGAUGUUGACAAGAACGANCACUCUAUGUGUGCUUCAUAUGGAAAUCUUUACAUCAACAAUGCUGAUGAACAGACAAUUGACAGAUAUGAUCCAGUGAGAAACUCUUGGGCACCUGUCAUCCCAUCAUUGAGCUGUGGUCAGAUGCCAUUCUGUUCUGUAGCUUUAGUUAAUUUCCAAGGGUUUUUAUAUGUGAUUGGUGGGAUAAAAGGAAAUGAAGAUGUAAACUCUGUUUAUAGGUACAGUCCUGACAUAAAUGUAUGGCAGGAAGAUGCAUCCAUGAGCAUUUCCAGAUCUUCACUAUCUGCUGUAGCUGACAAGGAAACUAUGCAUGCAAUUGGAGGCCGGACAAAGGAUCAGUUACUAGAUGUGGUGGAAAGAUUUGACCCCAAAACAAACUCAUGGUGCAAGGUGGCUUCAAUUCUUGAAAAGAAAAGUUGCUGUCAUGCUAUUAUUUUAAGGGAUAAAGUGUUUUUAUUUGGAGGCUUCACUGGCCCCGUUUUAUCUUCUGGCAAUAUUGAAAUGUAUGAUCCAAUAUCAAACAUGUGGACAGCCAUCCAGAGUACAUCUGCACCAGAACGCUGUUUUGAUGCUUUAAAUUUCAAAGGAGCUGUUUUAGUCGCGGGUUCUUGGAAUCAAGAAAAUUCAUCCAAUAUUUUGUUGAGGGUUUACGAUGUUGACAAGAACGAGUGGAAGACUUGUGCACAUUAUCCUCUUCAUUUUUCUCCGCAUGCUAUGGCUCCUCUACGGAUCCCAAGAGUAAUUUUAAACAGUUGUCAGGUCUUGACAUAG